AUAAUUUGGAACAAAAAAAUUCUUCAAAAACGUCAUAUAUAGAAAAACGGAGGGAGUAUUAUUUAUUGGCUGGGUCCUAAUUUGAAUAGCCAUGGCCUGCUUCGUAUAUCCCUUACCAACGUUAUAUAAAUGAAAAACGUUGUUUUUGUUUUGUGGAGACAAUAACGUUAGUUAUGUUACUUUGUUUGAAUUUUGUACGAGAGGUAGGAAAAUUGACUACGUUAAAUGUGUGUUGAGCGGGUUUGUUGUUGUACCAGAUUUUUAUAUUAUUAAUAACUGUAAACGAGCUUUUUGUUAGUUAAUAAACUAAUUUGAUCUAAAGCUAAGCUCAAUUCUCUCCAUUAUAUAAAUAAAACGUAGACUGGAGAAUUCUAAUGACCAGUGACCAUUUUGAAACAUUUAAUGAUUAGUCAAUUGACGAACCAUUCGAUCAAAAUUGACGAUUUUUUAUGUACGUGCUUCGAAGCUACAAAAAAAAAAUAUUAUAUCGCCGCCGUUACGCCCCAACACUUUGAAUCAAGACCGUCCGUUUCAUCAAGAUAAACCUUUAUAAAUACACACCUUCAGACAGAGCUUUGUUAGUUGUGCCAUAAUCUUCAAAACACUUUCUCUGAGAAUGUUUCUCGAGUCUGUGAUUAGAUUCUCCCAGUUGAUCGGCGAAUCCCUCAUUAUCGCCACCGUCGUCGUCUUCUCUCUCCGUCUCUUCCUCAGACUCGCUUGUUUCCUCGCUAGCCGUCCGUGGCGUCGCUACCGUACAUUCACCAUUCGCCGCCGGAGAUGGGGGAAGAGAACGGCGGAGGAAGAUGACUCGUCGCCGUACUGUUCUAUUUGCCUUCAAGAUGCGGCCGAGGGAGAGAAGAUGAGGCGGUUAACGGCGUGCAGCCACUGUUUCCACGCCGGCUGCAUCGACCCGUGGCUGGAGAAACGGUCCACGUGUCCUCUGUGCAGAGCUCAAGUCCCGCCGGUGCCGACGGGAAACCCUCUGCUUGCGUUGAUUGUUCCUCCCGGCGUGAUUGAGUUAUUCACGAAAGGAACCUUCGCCUCCGAUGCGUAGGCUUUUUAGCUAUGUAGUCGUCAUUACAUUUGUUCUUUAAUUAAUUAAAAGGCUUAAACUUAAGUUUAUCGAUAUUUUACCACAUUUGUCGGCAAUGUCUUCUUUGGAAUACAGACAUACGCAGUUGCCAAUCAAUGUAUUCAUUGUACUGUCACACUGAAAUUAAUGGCGCAAAUUAUCCGAAUUAGGACGAAAUA